CUGUCGCACGGACCGUACGGAAGCGCCUCUCGCAGACUGCUGUGGUUUGUCCUAAGCAAAGCCAGCCAGUCCCCCUUUAACACCACCGAGACGACGGCGGUAGCUUGUUAGCAUAACAGACACAAUCAGCCUGUCGUUAACAUAGGUAAGGUAGCGUAAUAUUUUUAAUUUGGAUGGCUAAAAUUCCUGCAGUGACUGGCUAACUUGCUGUAAAUAACACAUCUGGGAGAAACCUUAAAGCUGCCUCUCCCGGUGUCUCGCACUCCCCCUAAUCUCGUCGAGAUGUCAGCUUUCUCCGAGGCGGCUUUAGAAAAGAAACUAUUGGAGCUUAGCAACUCUCAGCAAAGUGUGCAGACGUUGUCGUUGUGGCUCAUUCAUCAUAGAAAACACUCGAAGACCAUUGUCAAUGUUUGGUUCAACGAACUGAAAAAAGCCCAGGUAUCACGCAAGUUGACCUUCCUUUACUUGGCCAAUGACGUCAUUCAGAACAGCAAGAAAAAAGGACCAGAGUUCACCCAGGACUUUGCACCGGUCAUCAUUGAUGCAUUCAAACAUGUGUACAGAGAGGGCGAGGAAGGCUGCAAGAAACAGUUGGGUCGGGUUUUGUCCAUCUGGCAGGAGAGAGCUGUGUACGAGAACAACCUGCUGGAUCAGCUCUCACAAGUCCUAUAUGGAGAAAAGAAGGCUAAGAAGAGGUCAUAUGAGGAGAUCCAACCAGAUGAUGAAGACUUUGCCUCCCAGAGCUCCCCAGCUGAGCCCCCACAGACAGCUGAGUUAAUCCGAGCUCUGCAGGAGCUGGAAAAUGCAGCCUCUGGCGACUCAGUGCUGCGUCAGCGAAUCUCCUCCCUUCCUGCUGAGGUGCAGGACACUUCACUGCUUCAUAGGAUCACAGAUAAAGAAUCAGGGGAGCGGCUUUCCCGGCUGGUGGAGGAGGCCUGCAUGCUGCUAGCAGACUACAGUGGCCGCUUGGCAGCAGAAAUAGAUGACAGGAGGCAGCUCACACGUACACUAACGGUCUUCCUGCAAAGCCAGAAGGACGGCUUGGUCCAGAACGAGCAGAAACUUGAAGAAUACAAACGCAAACUGGCAAGGGUGACCCAGGUCCGGAAGGAGCUGCGUUCGCGUCUGAACAGUCUUCCAGGAGGAAUCUACAGCUCUUCAGACUGACUGAAGUUUCACCUCCUGACCCUACACCCGACCCUCCUGCUACUGAAACAUCUCAACCUGUCUCUUACAUAUUUGAUCAGUGACAUUGUCAUAGUCUUCUGUUUUUAAUUUUGGACAGUGUCUGUGUGUCCCUGUUUGGUGACCUGUGGUUCUCAUUCUAUCUUGACAGAUUAUUUAUCCACAUGGCUUUUAUUAACAGAAAUGUCUUUUUUCUCUGUGAGCUCAUCUCUUUGGGCUGUAUGUUAUCAGUACCCUGUACAUGAAGAUUUUAUAAUCAUCAGACACAGGCCUCUCAUGCUUUGGCCCCUGCCCAUCUAACUUUUACAGCUUUAAAGUGAUAUGGAUGAUGCUGGUGUGAUAUUUUUGUAUUUAUAGUGACUUAAGAUAAUGCACCAGAGUAUAUGCCUUUAGUGUGAUCACUCAUAAUCAUUUUUAGUGUUUUGAAAUGCUGUCAAAACUCUUUUACUCUUUCUUUCCCUCUUGGUUAUAGAUUAUUGCAGCAGUUUUUCAAACUGGGAUCAUUCUUUUUAUGCUGUGUGAUAAGGCCUCCAAAGAGAAUGAUGUACUUGUGAAAUCAACAGGAAACCGUAUUCUGAAGCUGAGUAGUAAACCAUGCUCCUAAAAGCAAACAUAUGUAAUUAUAAUUUACAUGAAGCCUCUUUGUGAGAGGGGUGUAAAUUAUUGGUAAGUGUACAUAUUCCAAAUUGCAUGUAAAUAUGAUGGAGUUAUACCUUUUAAUUGCUCAUGAUUAGUAUCCAUGUGAACAUGGCUUGGACAUGGCCAUGUUAUUCAGACAAAUAACUGAUUUACCUCUGUUCAGUGGUAUCUUCAUAGUUGCCUGCACCUACACAAUAAUCAAAUAAUGAGUGAAGGAGUCUGUCGUCUUGUUUACCUUAACAUUCGGCUUCAUAGUUGUAUCCAUAAGUUUACUGGAUGCUGUGUUGAUCCUUCACACAGCUUGAGACGCGCCCCAGUUUUCAAAGCCAGACUUACAAGCAGCUGUUUGUUUUUGUAAAUAUGAAGCAAAUUAUCGUAAGAACCAAAUAAACAGAAAGUGUACAA